AUGGCUACGUCUUCUUCUUCAUCUGUUUCUUCGACAAAUCUUCAAGCAAAGCACCACGUUUUCCUCAAUUUCAGAGGCCCCGACUCUCGCCACAGUUUCACCAGUCAUCUCCACGAAGCUCUGAGACAGAAAAAGAUUAUAACUUUCAUUGAUGAUAAACUCAAGCUAGGAGAUGAAAUCUCACGCUCUCUUCUGAAUGCGAUCGAAGGAUCGAAGAUCGCGAUUACCAUUUUCUCAAAAGACUAUGCGUCUUCGAAAUGGUGUCUCGAAGAACUUGUGAAGAUCAUUGAAUGCAAAAACAUUCAUGGACAGAUCGUGAUACCCGUUUUCUAUCAUGUUUGUCCGUCCGAGGUAAGGAAUCAAACCGGGAGUUUCGGAGAUGGACUUGCUAAGCUAGAAGAACGAUUUAAGGAACAACCGGAGAUGGUGCAGAGAUGGAAGACUGCUCUGAGUCAAGCAGCCAAUAUAUCUGGCUGUUCUUUGAAUGACAAUACGUCUGAAGCUGAAAUUGUGAAGAAGAUUGUGGAUAAUACAUUGAGGAGUUUGAGGAAUAUUAUUUGUCCGAGUACUAACAAGAACUUGGUUGGAGUAGAAUCAACCAUGGAAGAAUCGAUUAAGUUGUUAUUGAACAAAGAUGUUUGCAGUUUGGGAAUCUGGGGCAUUGGCGGAAUAGGCAAAACAACUAUUGCUCGUGCUAUAUUCAACAAAAUUUCGAAUGAAUUUGAAGGAUUCUACUUCGCUGAAAAUAUUAGAGAAGAAUCAAGAAAUCCAAAUGGGCUCGUUCACUUGCGAGAAAAACUUUUUUCUUCUAUACUAGGAGAUCAAAAUCCCAACAUGGGAAGGCUUGGUGCAAUGAAGACUUUGAUUGUUUUGGAUGAUGUCACAGAUUUUCAGCAGAUAGAAGAUUUGAUUGAAGAUUAUGAAAGUUUGGGUUUAGGAAGCCGGGUAAUUAUAACAACAAGAGAUAAACAAGUGCUCGAGAAUUGCAAUGUGGAUAAGAUUUAUGAAGUUAAGAAAUUGUCUGAUCCAGAUGAUCUACAUCUUUUCAACCAGUAUGCUUUCAAACAAAAUCCCAUCCCAGAAGGUUACUUGAAGCUCUCAAUUAGGGUAGUAAAUUAUUCUCAAGGUCUUCCUUUAUCUCUCAAAGUGUUGGGUUCAUCUUUAUUUAAAAAGAGCAUACAAGUUUGGGAAAGCACAAUAAGUAAACUAGAAGAAACUCCUCCUUUGAAUGUUUACAAUGUGUUAAAAGUAAGCUUUGAUGGAUUGGAUGAAGAGGAGCAAGAUAUAUUUUUAGAUAUUGCAUGUUUUUUCAAGUGGAAGGACAAAGAUAUGGUGAUGAAAAUCUUGAAGGCAAGUGACUUGAAGGCAGAGUGUGGAAUAAGUGUUCUUAUUGAUAAGUCUCUCAUAACUAUUUCAUCAGAUAAUAUGAUAACCAUGCAUGAUUUGCUUCAAGAAAUGGGAAGGAAAAUUGUUCGAGAAGAAAAGGAUAUUGGCAAACGAAGUCGAUUGUGUCAUCAUAAGGAUCUUUAUCAUGUCUUGACAAAAAAUAUGGGUACUGAAAUUGUUCGAGGCAUAUGCAUGGACAUGUUUCAAAUAGGAGAAGUACACUUAAAUCCUCUUGCUUUCUCAAAUAUGCAUAGCUUGAAAUUCUUGAAGGUCUAUGGAGCUGUUAAUAACAGGGUGCAUGAAUUUCAAGACUUGGAAUUCGAUUUCCUUGAGCUAAGAUACAUCUGUUGGCAUAAUUAUCGGUGGAAAUCUUUACCACGUAAUUUUAAUACGAAGAACCUGGUUGCUCUUGAGAUGCGUUAUUCUAAUCUUAAAGAACUUUGGAGAAUGGUUCAGCCUCUAAUUAAUUUAAAGUAUAUUGACCUGAGUUACUCAAAGCAUCUGCGUAAGAUUGCUGAAAUCUCGCAGGCUUCAAAUCUUGAAAGUUUGAUUCUGGAAGGCUGUACAAGUUUGAUUGAGAUCAUUUUCCCCUCAAGUAGGAAGCUCAAUAACCUUAUUACUCUGAAUCUAAGAAAUUGCAAGAGCCUCCAGGGUCUUCCACCGGGUAUUCUUCAAUCAAAUUCUCUAAGAUUUGUUAAUCUUUCAGGUUGCUCAAAUCUCAGAAUAGCCCCAAGGAUCUCAUGUAACAUAGAGCAACUAUGUCUGGAUGGAACUGCAAUAGAGAAAUUUUCCUCUACGGUUGAAGGUCCUUUUAGACUAGUUCAAUUCACUCUUCAAAACUGUUCAAGGCUGGAGAGCCUCCCAACAAAUUUUCAUAAGUUUGAAUCCCUCAAACAUCUUUCCCUAUCUUCUUGCACAAAUCUUGAGGCCAUUCCAGAGAUCCCACAUAAGAUAGAAGAGAUAUAUAUUGAUGGAAUUGCAAUACGAGAAUUGCCCUCGUCAAUUGAGUCUCUAUCUAAUCUACAUACAUUGAGUCUCAAGAAUUGUUCAAGGAUUGAGAGUCUUCCAGAUGGCAUCCUUAAGCUUAAAUCUCUCAAGUAUCUGUCUCUCUCCGGUUGCUCAAACAUCAAGACAAUUCCAAAGAUCUCAUGUAAGAUGGAGGAAUUAUAUUUAGAUGAAACUGCAAUUAAAGAAUUGCCCUCCCUAAUCGAGUGUCAAUCCUGUCUGGUCACUUUGAGUAUGAAAAAUUGUUCAAAUCUUGAGAAUCUUCCCGGCGAAUUCUGUAACCUGAAAUCUCUCAAACAUCUCUAUAUCUCUGGGUGUUGGAAACUCGACAGGCUGCCUGAGGACAUUGGGAAUCUGCAAAGUUUGGAGGUGUUUGGAGCUGAUGGAAUUGCUGCAACCGAAUUACCAUCGUCCAUGAAAAGUUUGAGCAACAUUCGUGAAUUAUCUUUUGAGAGAUGUAAAGGGCAAGAGCUGAUGCGUUCUCUUCCUCGUGUGUUAUCAGGUUUGUCGUUUUUGAAGGAACUAAACCUGAAUGAGUGCAAUAUCACAGAAUUACCCAACAGUCUUGGCGAUUUAUCCUCCCUGAAGGAUUUAAAUCUUUCUGGAAACAAUUUUAACAGCAUUCCAACAACAAUCAUCAACCUUUCAAAGCUGUCGUCGCUUAACUUGAGCCACUGCAACAUGCUUCAAUCCUUGCCAAACCUUCCUGGUAACAUACAACUUUUGGUAGCAGAUAGCUGCAAAUCUCUCCAAGCAUUAUCCGACUUGCCGAUUCCAAGCCAAGGCUAUUUCAACGGUAAUCUCAGCUUCAUAAAUUGCUUCAAUCUCGACUGGAGAAUGCUCACAAACAUUCUGGAUUACGCUCUGUCAAAUAUGUAUGAGAAAACCUCUUACACCCGCAGGAGUCCUACCAGUUACAUGUGUUUCCGAGGAAGCGAAAUUCCUGACUGGUUUAACGUUCAAAGUACUGCGUCAUUUCUAGAGCUCCCAAAAGGCUCGUUGAGCCAUAAUUUCAUUGUCUUCACCUUCUGCACAGUGUUAUCAUUCCAGGACUAUAAAGCUGGUACGUUGGUUGUUGAGUGCGAGAUGCUUCUGAAAAGCAAAGAUGGCUUGAAGAAAAUGGGAUGCGGCAGCUUUUUAGCCUGGACCAAAGAGUAUGCGCCGUCCAAUGUGGAGUUUGAUCAUGUGUUUCUGGGAUAUGAUGUUCAGGUGGAUGAUAAAUCAGAAUGGGAAGCUAACUCUGAGGCCAUUAUCAAGUUUCGUGUUACGGAUUAUCAUCGGAGCCCUUUGGAUGAUUGCGUGGUGAAGAAGUGUGGCGUCCGUUUAUUGUUGAGCCAGGAGUAA